AGCGUUAUGACGCUGACAACACUGUCAGAAUACGUGGCCCGUGGUUCCGAAUGUUAGAUGUGUGUUGUUUAUAUUUUUUAUAGUGCAAAUUCGUUAAAAAAUAUCCAACAAGCCAUAAGACAACUUCAUUCAAGAUGAUGAAUCCACAAUACCUGCCGCCCGGGCAAAAUAAUAAUGUUCAGAACAAUCCAAUGGGCUUCCCACCAUCACAAGACUUCAACGGUGUUCAUAACUCCAAUAUCUAUAGCCAACCUCCUUUGGAUAUGUCUCGAAAGAUGCAAAAUUUGGAUCUAAACGGACCCCAAGGACAAAUGCAAGGAUCAGGAUUUCCUAAUAUUCCUGCAUCACAAUUACCACCUGGCCAAAUGCCCCCCAAUUUUCCCCCUACUUCCAAUUAUACUGGCCAAUUACCACCAGAAGCUAAGCCCUUUCAAGGAAGGCCUCCAGUAAGUAGCAAUCAGCAAUUCCCUCCUACGAUCAAUCAGAAUGUUCUACCACCUUCUUCAACACCUGGUCCAGUGUCUCAGCCAAAUUUUGUCCAGCCUAACCAACCGGGACAGUUUCCCCCAAAUUCAGGUGCUAUGAAACCUCAAGGGCCUCCAGGGCCUCAAAGACCUAGUCAACCUGAACAACCUGGUAUGCCUCCUCAAAUGGGUGGGCCACAACAAGGUUUUCAAGGCCCUCCUGGACAAAUGAGAGGCCCUCAACCUGGGAUGCAACAACCUACUGCUCAAGGGUUUCCACCAGGACUUGGUCGAGGUCCACAAGGACCAGGUCAACCUUCUCAAAUGCCCAAUCAAGGCCCACCUCCAGCAGCUCAGAAUCAGGGUCCACCUCAAUCAGCUCCCAAUCAGGGUCCACCUCAACAAAUGACUGGACCUGGGUUUUCUCAAGCAGGACCAAUGCCUAACCAACCAGGGCCUCCUCAACCUAAUUCCCAACAAGCAAACUUACCACCCGGAUCUGGUUUACCUCCCCAGACUAGUAUGCCACAGCCUGGGCAAUUUGGACCACAACCUGGUUUUCAAUCUCAACCUGGCUUGCCCCAGUCUCUCCCUUCUCAGCAAAAUUUACCCCAACAACCGGUGUUAAAUCAGCCUGGCUUACCACCUCAACCAGGUCAACUUUCGCAGCCAGGCUUGCCCCCACAACCUGGUCAAAUGGGACAGCGACCACCUGCCCAACAUAGCUUACCACCCCAGCCAGGACAAAUGCCUGGUCUAAAACAACCAGGUUUACCACCUCAGCCAGGCAUGCCACCUCAACCAGGCAUGCCACCUCACCCAGGCAUGCCACCUCAGUCAGGCAUGCCACUUCAGGCAGGCAUGCCUCCUCAGCCGGGUAUGCAACCUCAGCCGCGUAUGCCACCACAACCGGGCAUGCCACUUCAGUCUGGCUUACCGCCUCAGCCCGGGAUGCCGUACCAGUCAGGCUUGCAACCUCAACCAGGCAUGCCACCUCAGCCUGGUAUGCCACCUCAGCCUGGCAUGCCACCUCAGCCUGGUAUGCCACCUCAGCCAGGCAUGCCACCUCAACCAGGCAUGCCACCUCAACCAGGCAUGCCUCCUCAGCCUGGCAUGAAUCAUCCUGGUUUACCACCGCAGCCUGGCCUACCUCCUCAGCCAGGAAUGCCGCCACAAUCUCAAUACAACCAGUAUCAAACAAUGCCUGGUCUGCCGCACAUGCCACCACCACUGAACCAGCAGAUGCAGUACCCCAGUCAGCCAGGGUAUGGGGCUCCACCACCGCAACAUGGUGGCUAUGCUGGUAUGCCACCAAUGCCUGGUCAACAACAGCAGAUGGGUCAGGGCUAUGCACCCUUCCCGGCGCAACAACCCAGCUACAGUCAGCCACAACAGCAGAAGAGACUGGACCCGGAUCAGAUGCCUAGCCCAAUCCAAGUGAUGGCAGAUGACCAACAGAACCGCGGUGGAGUGUUCGUGACCAACGACAAGGGGCUGGUCCCGCCGCUCGUGUCCACUGACUUCAUUGUGGACGACAAGGGCAAUGCCAGCCCCCGUUACAUCAGGAGCUCCAUGUACAGCGUGCCAGUUACUGCUGAUCUGUUGAAGCAGACGACAAUGCCUUUCUGUUUGGUCAUCUCGCCCAUGGCGGAGACGGUGGGCAGCGAGCCGGAGCCGCCGCUGCUGGACUUCGCGGCGCUGACGGGUGCGGCGGGCGCGGGCCCGGUGCGCUGCGCGCGCUGCAAGGCCUACAUGUGCCCCAGCAUGAAGUUCGUGGACGCCGCCAGACACUUCAAGUGCGCCUUCUGCAAGGCCACUUCUGAAGUGCCCAUGGAGUACACGCAGUACGUGAACACCAUGCAGCAGUACGGGCGCGUGCCGGCAGAGAUGGCGCUCGGCACGUACGAGAUCGUCGCCACCAAGGAGUACUGUCGGAACAACACGCUGCCCAACCCGCCAGCCAUCGUGUUCGUGAUCGACGUGUCGUACAACUCCAUCAAGAGCGGACUCCUGCAGACUAUUUGCGACAAUGUCAUGGACAUCAUUGAGUCAAUGCCGAAGGACGAACAAACGGGCAAGAGUUGGACGAGAGUUGGCUUCAUCACUUACAGCACGACUGUGCAUUUCUACAAUAUUAAGGGUACAUUAGUGCAGCCGCAAAUGCUGUCAGUGGGCGACGUAGGCGACAUGUUCGUGCCUUUGUUAGAAGGCUUCUUACAGACGCCGGAGGAUAGCGGGCCCGUGCUGCAGGCUCUUCUGCAGCAAUUGCCCACCAUGUUCCAAAAUAAUAAAGAGACUGAGACCAUUUUGUUGCCCGCUGUACAGGCAGGUCUAGAAGCACUGAAGGCAGCAGACACUUCAGGUCAGCUGCUGGUGUUCCACACCACGCUGCCGUCCUACAACGCGCCGGGGAAACUCCUCAACAGGGAAGACAGGAAACUCCUCGGCACUGACAAAGAGAAGCAGAUAUUGACGCCGCAAACGACGGCAUACAACGAGCUGGGCCAGUCGUGUUCGGCGGCGGGGGUUUGUGUGCAAAUGUUCGUCUGCAACAACGCCUACAUCGAUGCCGCAACGUUGGGCCAACUGCCGCGCCUCACCGGCGGACAGCUGCACAAGUACACCUACUUCGUGGCAGACACGGACGGCGCGCGGCUGGCGUGGGACGUGCGGCGCGUGGUGUCGCGGCCAACGGCCUUUGACGCGGUGAUGCGCGUGCGCACGUCCACCGGCGUGCGCGCCACGGACUUCUACGGACACUUCUUCAUGUCCAACACCACGGACGUCGAGUUGGCGGCUAUUGACGCGGACAAGGCGAUAGGUGUGGAGAUCAAACACGACGACAAGCUGACGGCAGAAGACGGCGUGUACGUCCAGGCGGCGCUGCUGUACACGCACCGCAGCGGCCAGCGGCGCCUGCGCGUCGUCAACCUGGCGCUGAACGUGGCGCACCAGCUCGCCGACGUGUACCGCUCCGCCGAGCUCGACACCUGCAUCAACUUCCUCACCAAGCAAGCGGUAUGGGCCCUCAGAGAAGCGACUCCGAGACAAGUCCGGGAAGGGCUCACGAGUCGGUGCGCCAAGUCGCUGGCGGCGUACCGCAGACACUGCGCCUCUCCAUCAUCAGUGGGACAGCUGGUGCUGCCGGAGUCCAUGAAGUUACUGCCUCUGUACACCAGCUGCGUGCUGCGGUCGGAUGCUGUGGCGGGAGGACCAGACAUAACGUGCGACGACCGGUCGUGCGCGAUGUACCGCGCGCUGACGGCCGACGUGUCGCUGUCGCUGGUGUACACCUACCCGCGCCUGCUGCAGCUGGACGUGCUGCCCGACGCGUCGCCGCAGCCGCUGCGCGCCUCCGUCGACAAGAUGAACGAGACUGGUGUCUACUUGCUGGAGAACGGUGUACACAUGCUGAUAUGGGUGGGGUCGCAGGCUUCGGCCGAGUGGGUGGGCGAGGUGUUCGGCGUGGCGUCGCCGCAGCACGUGGACACGCACGUGUGCGAGCUGCCCGCGCUUCACAACCGCACCAGCGCCGCCGUGAGGGAGCUCGUCGAGCGCACCAGGGUGAAACGCAGGAACGCUAUGAGGCUAACAGUGAUGCGCCAACACGACAAGCUGGAAGCUGUUCUGCGUCACUUCCUGGUGGAGGACCGGGGGGUGGACGGCAGCUCGUCCUACGUGGACUACCUGUGCCACAUACACAAGGAGAUCCGCACGCUGCUAUAGUGUAUGUACAGCGCGUACUAGCGCGCACCGCUGCUCUGUCCGUUCGCCCGCACCUACCCGACUGUACUGCGAGAUGUGUGCAGAUACGCCAGUGAGUGGCGUAUCUACAUAUGUCUCAGCUAAUAGUAAUACGACACAAGCUAGAAGCUCUUCUACGUCCCCUACGUGGGACUGUGGGAUGUAAGUAGAUAUACCAAUGUGUGGCGUAUCUACUUGUGUCACAGCUAACGGUGAUACGACGCAAGCUAGAAGGUGUUCUACGUCCCGUACCUGGGACUGUGGGAUGUAAGUAGAUAUACCAAUGUGUAGCGUAUCUACAUGUGUACCAGCUAAUGGUGGUGCGACACAAGCUAGAAGCUGUUCUACGUCCCGUACCUGGGACGACUGUACUGCCCUCAGUACAGUCGUCCCAGGUACGUGUAAGUAGAUACGCCAAUGUGUGGUGUAUCUACUUGCGUCACGGCUAACGGUGAUGCGACACAAGCUAGACGCUUUUUUGCGACUUGUGCCCACGACGACUGUACUACGAGAUAUGUGUAAAUACACCAAUGCGUUUAUAUAUAUAACACAGUUUAAGGCGAUGUAACACGAUAAGCUGGUAGCCGUUCUAUGUUACUUUCAGUGGCGUAUCUGCAAAUAUGUAUGUAAUAUUAACUAACGUAUCAACAUCGCUUUCGCGUAGAUAGGAGUAACGAACUGAGCGAAAUAUAUGUAGAUACGCCAAUAUGGGUGGUCGGUGUAAGUACACAUACUGUCGUAUCGACUAACGGUGAUUGAAUGAACUUCGUUAGCACGUAAAUUAGUAGAGAUUUUAAAAAAAGUUCAACAAUACUAACUCUAACUGGGAACAAUGGGUUUACGUGCUCUGUGAGGCAAGGGAACUUCCCAACUCUGCUCUGGGAAUUUCUCGGAAGAACUAAAAGCUAAAUAAUUCACAACCCAGGUAACCAGCUAAAGAUACUAAUAAAUGCUAUUUGUUGAUAAAUAAUAAUUAUAAUAUAGGUACGAAUCAAUUAAUACAAUUCUAUGCAAAAAAUGCGGGCAAAGUCGGGAACAUUAGUUAGUAGUUUUAGCAGAAAUAUAUGCAGUGACGCGCACUUCAUAUAAGCAAAAAUACACUGCCUAUGAGAUUCAUUAAGGCCUUAUUGAAAAAAUAUUUUUCUUUUUGUAUCAUAGUGCCUACCCUAAUUAAAACUCUUGUGCGCGCCGCUGUUUAUAUAAAAAGAAACAUUAUAUUGUGCUGAUGUUUAUGAUUGCGGUGACGAAUGACCAUUAAAUGUGCCGAGUGGAUGACUAUUGUUAUUAUUAAAUUGUAAUAUUAAUAAAUAAUUAGUAAUAAUAAAUCUGUUGAGAAUUAUAAUUAUGAUUAUAGAGUUUUGUAAAUGUACGGUGGUUUUUUUUAUUAGAUUUUUAUUUUGUAAAAAAUUAAAUUAGACGUCAAUUUUUCAAGGUUUAUCAGACCUUAUAAUUAGCCUCUCAUAUUCGAUAUUUCUUUUUUUUUAACUAAAAUCUGUUGGUAAGUUGCUUACUGUUUGACGUUGUUAUACAGUAGUGUGACAUAGAAACCCGUUUACUUAAAAAAAAACUUCGUCCGAAAAUGAAUAUCUAUACAGGGUGCUCGGAAGUAUUUUCCAUUACUCUGGGGUAAUAUUAUUUUUCGAUAAUUAAUUAAAAAUGUUCAAGGAACAUGUGUUCUAAAAUUAAUAUUUUCGGAGUAAAUAAUAUUCCUUUUGUAAAUAGAACUUAAAAUGUAUCCCUUAUGAUUAUGACAUAGCCAAGCUUUCAAAUGCAAGGAGGCGUAAGUUACAUGUAUGUAGUUUUUUUUUAAUUUUUUUUUUUACUUUUUACUUUUUGUUAAAAAUACAGUAAGCCUGCUAUAAGUGGACUUCAAGGUGUUGACGAACACCUUGAAGUUAUGGGAAAUAUUCCGAGCAUCCUGUAUAUAAAUACUUAUUUUGUAUUCUUUUAAAGUAUGUAUAGAUAAUUAGAUAGAAACAUUGCCAAGCAACUUAUCCAUAGAUUAUUAUAUAUUCUGGCAAGUUCUCUGAUGACACUCCCAUGAUAUGCGGGCGACGGGGGGAAAGACUGCGCGGGUGUGAAAUCGUGCGUGCGGGGAAGUGAGGUGCAUCAGUCGUGGGUUUUUCAUUCAUCGUUACACGCCCCCCGGCCCGCGCGGACCAUCGGGAGUGUUACGAAGUUGCCAAGCAAUAGAUCAAUAGUUGUAGACGAGCAAAAUUUUUGUCAAUUUGUGGCUAUGUUUGUCAAACAAUGCUUAAAGUCAAGUUUGACAAGCAUGUUUGUCAAACAUGCUUCAUCGUUUACUGGAUCAAUGCGGGCUAUAGAUCUGCAUUUUUAACUGUACAGUUAAAUUGAGAGUCUGUAGUCCGCUUAAGUCGGCUGGUUGAAAAAAUAUUCCGUCAUAAAUUCAUAAUGUAUUUGUUUGUGUUAGUGUUUAGUUUGUAUUUAUCGAACUCCAUUUUUAUUUUAAUGUAAAUAAAACUAUAUAUUGGCCUUAUUAUA